AUGUCACAGGAUGUGACCUACGCUGACCUGCGGUUCGUGAGGGCCCCUCCGGAGAAGAGCCAGGAGAAAGGUACACAGAGCCAACUGGACCAGAUCCGGAUGCCCCCCUCCGUGCCUCACCCCUUGUCUCCUCUUCCAGACCCCAGCGAGGGAGAGCUGACCUAUGAGAACAUCCAGGGCCCCCCUUGCCAGGAGGAGAGGACUCCCACCCCCACAGAGGGUACAAAAGAGUCAGACCGUCGGACCUGGUACGCCAUCCUGGCAUUGUUGGCUGCCUGCCUCUUCCUUCUCUCCACUGCCAUAGGACUGGGGGUCCGAUACUGGCAGGUCUUACAGCAGCUGCAGCAGGCAAAUGAAGGUGGCAGCACCCUGGAACGGAGAAUUGGCUCCCAGGAGGGCAGCCUGGCCCAGACCCGGGUCCAGCUGGAAGAGGCCAAGGAGGAGCUCCACUCCACCAACGGGACCCUCUGGAAUUGCUGGGCUGCUGGGAACAGGACACAGGGGCGGCUGAGGGAAGCCAACGAGAGCCUGAUGCGCACGCAGCAGGAAAAGGAUGCAGUUCAGCAACAACUGGACCAGACCAUGAAGAGUUUGGAGGAAGCCGAAUCUUGCCAAGUGAUUGAACUGAAUAUAUUGGGACUUGUAGAAGUUCUAGCGGCAACUGCGUUCAAAUGA